AUGUCUGAACAACGGUCGGCUCCAGAGGACGAGUCGGCCGCCUUUUUCAGCGACUUGAAGCUUGAAGCCCCGUACCCCAGUGACACCAGCUACCCCAAUUCACUGGACAUUCCCGGGCAGCCCAGCGGCGGCGACCCCUGGUUUCCAUCUACCCACAACCUCCCCCACAGCUGGAGUGAUAACAACAGCUCUUAUCCGCCCUAUAACCCAGCGGGCUAUGGAAGCUCCCCAGGGGUCUCAAACAGUCCAUGGCCAGGUUAUGAGCACAGCGUGGAGGCAAACUCUAAUAACCCAACUUAUUAUCCAAACUCGCCGAGCUAUGCUAUUGCAGACCAGUUAUCACCAUCUGAACAGGCAUUCUACAACACAAAUGGUAAUGCAUCUGUGGUAGGAGACCCCACCCUCCCUCUCAACUACCACCGGCAGCCAGAGCUUCUUUAUCCAUCUGCCCCAUCUGUUCCCUCUGCUCCAUCGGCUACAUCAGAUGGACAUCCUAUCGGUCAAGGCCAGCCACUGAGCGAUCUUUUGGAAGUUCUCCCGAAAAGCCGUUCGAAUGCGAUCAGUGCGGAUCCCGGUUCUCGACUCGCAAGGAUCUUGGUCGCCACAAGCCCACACAUAAACAAUGGCCCGAAGGGCAAAGAGUCAACGGAUUAUACCACUGUCGUUGCGGCGUACGGGGCCAUCGGAAAGACAACUAUAAACGCCAUCAGAGAUCAUGCGUCCCCAAGAACUUUACACACGACAUGUUUAUCUGUAAAUGUUCUUUCGAGACUAGUGAGCAGACCGAGCACCUGCUCCAUAUCGAAGUAUGCCGACAUGGUACAAAACCCCGAGGACGGCCCCCUCGCUCAAGGGCAGCGAGCGAGCUACUUUGACGAUUGA